UUCAUGCCUAAACCCAUGGAUUUCAAUUUCCAACCGUGCAUUUUCUCCCCACUCCGACGGCGAUGAAGCCCCCUCCGUUAGUUUGAAUAUCAAAGGGGACGAGGGAGGAACGGCCGACACAGAGAUCUGGAGGUCAUUCGAGCGUUUGUCAACCGGUUUUGGCGGAUUUUGCAGGGGAGAGGCGGUGAUCAGCCGCAGAAGGUCAUGCUUUCGGGGAGCAGAGAGGGACCCUGAGGAGGGAGCUUAACUACUACCGUACACGCAGGGCAGCGAAUCGCUUGAGGAAAUUUUUGUGGGAUGUUUGAGAGGCAGGACUCGCAGGCUGUGUGUCCGCAGGCGAGUACACAUGGAAUUGUGUAUUCGCC